GAACGGUGGGACUGGUCAAAGGAGGCACUGGUUGAAGACCCUGUAACAGCAAUUAGCUCCCGAUACCUCAGCCUGGUCUCGCGUAUCUGGUCACCUCUGUUGCUGACAAGACACCUUCACCGGAUUUAUGCAAUUGACCGCGCGACCGAUGAGUUGGGCUUCCACUACCCCACUGGUGACGUCCUACCAACGCAACCGCCCGAUUAUAGGGCAGGAAGUGGCCUUAAGGAGAAACCGCCAGUAACCUUCCUUCUGCCUCUCGUUUGGACUCGAGCCCCCUUCGUGCUUGGCCUUCACCCUAGGGAGAACUGGGAGACAACUAUAAAGAGGCUUGCGGACGACAUCUACUACGACUGCCUGAAGGUCAAUCACUUAGAAGGUAUAGCAGGCAAAAAAGAAACUUGGAAAUACUUACCGUAG